GAUGGUGAAAGACCAGCGCAUUGGCGAGAGCGGCGAUCGAUGUCCGAACAGCACAACGGUUAAAUUUUGUUACUAAGAUGACAUCUGAUGAUGCCUCGUCCAAGGAGAUCCUUUGCUACGGGUUCAACCAGGAUGCCACAUGCUUGGCUGUCGGGUUGCGCACAGGCUACCGCAUCUACACGUGCCGACCAUUCGCGCAGUGCUUCGCCAUGACCGACGGGGGUAUUGGGCGAGCGGAGAUGCUGUUUAGCUCCAGCCUGGUUGCCCUUGUCGGCAGUGGGGACAGGCCUGCUUUUAGCCCGCGUCGGCUCUGCCUCUGGAACACGAAGAAGGACCACUCCAUCUGCGAGGUCAACUUCCUCACGGCCGUGCUGGCUGUCAAGCUCAACCGCAAGCGCGUCGCGGUGUGCCUCAAGACAGCCCUGCACGUGUUCGAUAUCUCGGACAUGAAGUGCCUCAGGACUCUCGAGACGGCGCCCAACCCGGACGGAGUCAUGGCCCUCUCGCCUAACGAGGAAAACUGUCACCUCGCGUUUCCUGAUGGAGCUAAGGCCGGGAGUUCCGGCGGUGGGGGAGAGGUUAUCUUGUACAAUGCUCUGGACCUGAAGGUCCUGAACAAAGUGGUGGCCUGUCGGAGUCGAGUCGUGGCGGUCAGCUUCAGCAGAGACGGAAAGCUGCUUGCCACUGCGUCUGAGCAAGGCACGGUGAUCCGCAUAUUCACGGUCCCCGCCGCAGUGAAGUUGUACACCCUGCGAAGGGGCAGCACGAGCUGCGACAUCUACUCCAUGUCCUUCAACGCAGCCGCCACGCGCCUCGCCGUGUCCAGCUCCACCCGAACCAUCCACAUCUUCGACGUGUCCGCCGGGGGCGCAGCGGGGGGCGCAGCGGGCCGUCGAUCUAACAGCAGCCCGCGACAAGGGGGCAACAGCGGCGGCGGGGAGCAAGAAGGGGACGUAGAGAACGGCGGCGGCGCAAAUAAGAACGGUUCACGCCCCGGGGGGGCAUCAGACGGCAACAAUGCCAGCAGCAACAGCAACAGCAGCAGCGGGCUCGCAAGCGGGUUUCGGUCCAUGGUCGGGAUGCUCCCCAACAGGGUGACGAAGAGAAUGCAGGACUACGUAGAUUGCGAGCGGUCGUUCGCGAGCGUCCGCCUCAGAGGGAGCGCCGGCCGCAGCAUCUGCGCGCUCAUCCCCGCCGGCGACAGCGGGGUAUGGACCGGCAAGGGCGGGGGGGGCGCAGGGAAGGGCCCGGGCGGGCGGGGGGGGGACGAGAGCGGCGGGCAAGGCGAGGACGAAGAGGUGGCCCGUGAAGUGUUGCUAGUCGUAACGAACGAGGGCAUUCUGUACUCGUACGUUGUGGACACGGUCAACGGGGGCGAGUGCCGCUUGGACGAGGCCUCUUCGCUGCUGAUGGACCCCAGCGCAAGCCAGGAGAUCGGGUCCGAGUUGUUCGUGCCGGAGCGACACGCCCCGCCCGUGCUCGCCGGACAAAGUUAGCCGGAGCUUUUGGAAGGGUCGGGGGGAGGGGGAGGUACAAUUUCUUCCUUUUUUUGUGGCGGGUGUUUAGCAGCAAGCCCGCUACCUCUCCUGAACGGUUUGUCGUUGGUUGAGCUACAGCUCUGCCGGCGGUGCCUCUCGUGGGAUCAGCCCAAAGUUUUCCCGCAAGGGUUGUUUGAGUCGAGAAGAAAGGGUUGAUGUUUGGCAGCAACUCGACACGGCACGAUUGGGCUUUUGCGGGCAACCAACCAAUCUGGUGUUUCAAGAACGUCGACCGUAGCGAAAAGACACAGUAGUGAACUCAGUUCAAGUCAUCGUUGUUUCGAGACAGACACGCAGUCAUCGUGUAGUGUCUGAUCUUGAAACGUGUCAAUCGUCAGGGCGGGGGGGGUAAUUACGAAGGGUCUUGUUCCCCCAGCGUGCCUGUUUUUGAAAGUGCCACAAACAGAGUUAGUCGAUGUCGGUGGGGGGUUGUUUGCUUGGUGUCCCGUGCCACUCCCCAGCACUAGCAGGGAUGGGAUGGCCGUCGUAUCGGAAUUUUUCAGCAUUGUAGCCUUGUAUGUUCAAGUUCCUUGAUUUAGGGCGGAAUGUUUCGGUCCCCCGGUAGGGUGAUUAGCCUGAGGUAUGGGUGUCUACGACACCAAUUGAUUUGUUCGGAUUUGAAAAGAGGGAAUUGUCCUCGACAAUUUUUGGGGAGAUUCUACGGCAGUACUACUGUAUGCUUUGGGGAUCUCCACGCGGCGCUUAAUUAUUUAAGUGCAAGCUCCGCUACCGGAAAUAUUC